AUGGUUUGGCAGCACGGAGACGAGCAUCAAAUCCCAGAUGCCCACAAGAUCCACAAGCCUGGAGCGUGGUUGCCUGCAGACAGCCGUGUCCACAAGGAAUGGCUGAACAAGCAGGUCGAGCAUGUCGACAAGAACCCCAAGGAGCUCAUCCCGGUGCUGCAGGAGUUCAAGACCUUCAUCGAGACCAGCCCUCGCAUCCGCAUGCUUUUCACGCAGAUGUGGGAUGAAGUUCCAAUGAAGAGGCCCUACAAUAAGGACCCCACAGGCCACAAGGCCAUCAGGGACUAUGGCCACAUGCUUGCAGUGCUGAACCACGUCUUCUCGCGUGCUCCGGAGUGGACGGACGCCGCGGAGAGCGUGGGCAUGGUCGGCGUGCCGAUGUGUGCUAUAUUCGACUAUGUCAUGGCAACUCCAAGUGGCCACGCCGCUUUCUUGGAUACCGAGGUGAACAAGAUGCUGAAGAAGGUGCUGAAUGAAUGGGGCAAGUUCCUCAAGACUCCCGAGUCUGCCGGAGUGCUCGGCGACCACCGCCUCGGCUGGUUCGGAGAACACGGCAGAAAGGACCUCAUGCAGGUUGCCAACGCGCCUCUGAAAACCGAUCACAAGUUUGAAGAUAUGUACGUCUGCGACCCAAGCAAGGACAAGUACGGCUUCACCUCCUGGGACGACUUCUUCACCCGAAAGCUUCAGGAGAGCGCCCGCCCAGUGGCCUCCCCCAACGACGACAACGUCAUAGCAAACUGCUGCGAGUCGCGGCCCUACGCGGUGGAGCGCAACGUCAAGCUGCGCGACAAGUUCUGGAUCAAGGGCCAGCCAUACUCCAUCGCCGAUAUGUUGGCCAAUGAUUCCUUAUCGAGCCAGUUCAAGAACGGCACAGUGUACCAGGCCUUCCUCUCUGCCCUCUCGUAUCACAGGUGGCACUCGCCCGUCUCGGGAACUGUCAAGAAGGCGUACCUCGUUGAUGGGACGUACUUCAGCGAGCCACUGUACGCCGGUGGCGACAUAAACAGCGCCGAGGAGCAGGCUCAGAUCAAGCAGGGCAUCUCAGCCGCCCAGGGGUACCUGUCAGCGUUGGCUGCACGUGCGAUCAUCUUCAUCGAGGCGGACAAUCCCGCGAUUGGGCUAAUGGCAUUCAUUGGCAUUGGUAUGGACGAGGUCAGCACCUGUGAGAUCACGGUCAAGGAGGGCCAGCACAUCAAUAAGGGUGAACAGACUGGCAUGUUCCACUUUGGUGGCUCGACUCACUGCCUGCUGUUCAGGAACGGCGUGAACGUGGAGGGCUUCCCAGAGCCUGGCCGCAAGGAGAAUGUGCCGGUGAGAAGCCAGGUGGCGGUUGUCAAAGCUUAG